ACUUGGCCGUCCAAUAUGGCAACCAGGUGGGGAAUCUGCAGCGCGGGCAAGAUCAGUCAUGAUUUUACCGUGGCCCUGAAAACUCUGCCUGCUGAGGACCAUCAGGUUGUUGCUGUGGCAGCUCGCAAGUUAGAGGAUGCACAGGAGUUUGCCAAAAAGCACAGCAUCUCCCGAGCAUAUGGCAGCUACGAGGAGCUGGCCAGAGAUCCAGACAUCGAUGUGGUGUAUGUUGGAGUUAUCCACCCCUACCAUCUGAGUACUUGUUUGCUCUUUACAAACGCCAAGAAGAAUGUGCUAUGUGAGAAGCCGCUGGCCAUGAACACCAAGGAGGUGCGGGAGAUCCUGGCCUCUGCCAAGAGGAAUGACGUCUUCCUCAUGGAGGCUGUCUGGACCCGGUUUUUCCCGGCCUCUGUGGAGAUCAGAAGGCUUCUGGCCCAGGGGGAGGUGGGUGAGGUUAAGAUGGUCAGAUCGGAGUUUGGCGUGCCGGUGAUGCACAUACCAAGAUCGGCGCAGAAGGAGCUGGGUGGAGGAGCGAUGCUAGAUAUUGGCAUCUACUGCUUGCAGUUCAUAUGCAUGGUGUAUAAUGGAGAGAAGCCAGAGUGCAUACAAGCCACAGGGGUCUGCGUGGACACAGGAGUGGAUGAGACUGUGGUUGUCACUCUGAAGUUCUCCAAGAACAGAAUGGCUGUGUUUACUUGCUCUUCGGGUAUACAGCUGCCCAAUGAUGCCAUUAUUGUAGGCACAAAGGGCACAAUCAGGAUCCCUGCCCACAUGUGGUGCCCCACUUCAUUAGUGGUGAAUGGGAAAGUGACUGAGUACCCCGUGCCAGAACCAUGUUUGCCUCUCAACUUCCUCAACAGUACAGGGAUGCGUUAUGAGGCAGAGGAAGUUCGUCAGUGUUUGCUCAAAGGGCUGAAGGAGAGUGCCAUUGUGUCUCACUCUGACUCUCUUCUACUGGCCGAGGUGGAGGAUGAGAUUCGAAGGCAGGUGGGGGUGAUAUACAGCCAGGACUGCCAGUAAAUGUUUAACAUAUACCCAGGCUGUGGCUCCCUAUAAUAUAACAAGUUUAUAGUAGAGAAUAAUUUGCUCUUACUGUUCCAAGUGAACUUUACAUUCAAACACUAUCAGCAAUAAACUUUAUCUUUUUAAUCUUUAA